AAUUCUUUAAAAAUGAUUCCCAAUACAAAAGUCUAAUAACACUUAUACAUCCAGAUUUAAAAAAGGUCAUGACUAACUGUAAAUAAGAACAUUCUGAAUGUAAUCAGCCGAUAAGCAAGGUCAAAGGUGCAUUCGAAGAUACCAAUUAACAGCGUGACCAACCCUCGAUAUAAGAUCUUGAAACCUCUGCGCCUUUCUAGUUCAAGUUGAGUUGCCUUGACAUUGCCUUCUACACUUUCAAAAUGAACAAAUACUUCGUUUUCGUUGCCAUUGCCUUCUUGGCUAUCCAGGCUGUUGAAUCCAAACCGAGGGCUUCCCAACAACAACGCCCAGCUGCCCAAAAUGUAGCAGAAGACGACCUCGCCAAGAAAGCUCAAGAUUUGAUCAAAAAAGCCGAUGAAGUCGUUACCGGAAACCUCCCCAGCACCGAACAGAUCAUCAACAACGUAGAGGAAACCGGCAAAAAAUUGGUUAGCAACAUUAAAGAUUUCAACGACUACCUUAAGACCCAACUCACUGCAAACAAAGGUGAUGUAGACAAAAUAUUGAGACAAGUAUCUGACAAUUUGCACGCUACCAGUGAAAAAAUCCAAAAAGAUGUUUUGGGACCACAAGGACAAAAGAAAGCUUCUGAAAUCAGAGAAAACUUACACGCACAGAUCAAAUCCGCUGCCACUCAAAUUGAAAAACUUACUGCAGCUGUCAAACCCGAAGCAGAGAAAGUGAAGAAUGACUUGUUGGCUGCUGCUAACCUCUUCUUGGACAAAGCCAUCAAUGUUGCCGAUGACUUGAAAAAAGUAGUCGCUGAACACAAAAACUAAAUGAUCUAGUAUUUUAUAUUUAUGAUGUUUUAAAUUUUUAUGUAAUAUAAACAUAAAACAAUA